GAGUCUUGCUCAAAUUUCUUCCUACCAUUUCUUUCUUUUAUUGUGUGGUUUUCGCAUGUUCAUUUGUGUUGCCGUUUUUUGAUCUCAUUUAAUUCUCGUCCGGCUAUCGGCGGCAUGUCGACGGCCGAGAUGGAUCAAUUGACAUCAGGAGCGAGCAAUCGGAUAAUUCCCAUUCUUAAAACCCUAAGAACCUUUAUAAUUUUCAUCCAAUCGUUCAUUUUGGCUUUCGUGCUCCUCCUGCUGCCGCGGCGGCGGUCGGCGACUGGUGCCCCGCAAUCUCCGUCAAAGAGUUGGAAGCGGAGGUUGGUUUGGAGACUAGAGGAGGAGGACACCCUGAGAAGAAGAGCGUUGGCUGAGGAUUUAUACAUGGGAUUCGAAAGUGAUGACGGGAACGUCCAUUGCCGCUGGAAUAGUUACCUCUUCUUUGGUGUAAGAAGAAACGCUUUGUUUUGCCGGUCGUGGUUGCCGGUUACCGGCGAAUUGAAAGGCAUUUUGGUCAUUAUACAUGGUCUCAAUGAGCACAGUGGAAGAUAUUCUCAUUUUGCGAAGCAACUAACUUCUAGCUGCUUUGGGGUGUAUGCUAUGGAUUGGAUAGGUCAUGGUGGGAGUGAUGGAUUGCAUGGAUAUGUUCCUUCACUUGACCAUGUUGUUGCAGACACUGGGGCUUUCUUGGACAAAAUCAAAUCAGAAAACCCUGGAGUACCAUGCUUUCUAUUUGGUCAUUCUACUGGAGGAGCUGUAGUUUUGAAGGCUGCUUCAUAUCCUCACAUUAGAGGAAUGCUGGAGGGAAUUGUGCUCACUUCACCAGCUUUGCGUGUUAAGCCAGCACAUCCUAUAGUUGGGGCAGUGGCCCCAAUUUUUUCUCUCGUUGUCCCCAGGUUCCAGUUCAAAGGUGCUAACAAAAGAGGAAUUCCGGUUUCUAGGGAUCCAGCUGCGCAAUUAGCAAAGUACUCUGAUCCACUGGUCUAUACAGGACCCAUAAGAGUUCGAACUGGCCAUGAGAUAUUGCGCAUAUCCUCAUACUUAACACGGAACUUCAAGUCUGUGACGGUACCAUUCUUCGUUCUACACGGAACUGCAGACAAAGUGACCGACCCUCUAGCCUCCCAGGAUUUAUACAAUGAGGCAGCUUCAAAAUAUAAAGACAUAAAGCUGUAUGAGGGCUUCUUGCAUGACCUUCUCUUUGAACCUGAGCGUGAAGAGAUAGCUCAGGAUAUUAUUGACUGGAUGGAGAUGAGAUUAGAAGUCAGUAUUGAGAAGACUGAUAGACUUUGGUAACUACGUAUCUUAUUGAAGUGUUUUUUUUUUUUUUUUUAAUUUGUUAAGUCAGUAUGUAAUUACAAAAGUUGGUCACAUGAUCAGUGUUGAAGGUGGUCUCUAUCCCAUCCUAUGAAAUGUGUAUUAUUUGUUGAAAGUUUAUUACAGUGGCUUCUGUUCUUGUACAGAAAAAUGAAGUAGAACUGCAUCUCUCUAUGAAAUAUUCUAUUCUAUUUACUUGUCAA